CCUCGUCCCGCAUGUUCAGGACCAAACGAUCGGUGCUCGUCCGGCGUCUCUGGAGGAGCCGUGCGCCCGGCGGGGAGGACGAGGAGGAGGGCGCAGGAGGAGGCGGAGGAGGAGGAGGAGGAGGAGGGGAGCCGAGGGGGGAAGGGGCGACGGACAGCCGGGCGCAUGGGGCUGGAGGAGGAGGAGGCGCUGGUAGGGGUGGCUGUUGCCUGGGCAAGUCGGUCAAAGGUGCCAAAGGUCACCACCACCACCAUCACCACCACCCCUCCUUGAGCUCCGGCGCUGCCGGGGGCUCGGAGGCGGAAUUGAAGGCUCUAACCCACUCGGUGUUGAAGAAACUGAAGGAGCGGCAGCUGGAGUUGUUGCUGCAGGCGGUGGAGUCCCGCGGGGGCACCCGCACUGCCUGCCUCCUCCUGCCUGGCAGAGUGGACUCCAGGCUGGCGCUGGGGCAGGGGCCGCCCGCGUCCCCUCUCCAGACUCAGCCUACCCAGCCUCAACCUCCGCCGCCGCCGCUGUCUUACUCGCUCCCCUUGUUGUUGUGUAAAGUGUUCAGGUGGCCAGAUCUCAGGCAUUCCUCGGAAGUCAAGAGGUUGUGUUGCUGUGAAUCUUACGGGAAGAACAACCCGGAAUUGGUCUGCUGCAACCCUCACCACCUUAGCAGACUCUGCGAACUAGAGUCUCCCCCUCCUCCCUACUCCAGAUACCCAAUGGAUUUUCUCAAACCAACUGCAGAGUGUCCAGAUGCUGUGCCUUCCUCCACUGAAACAGGGGGAACUAAUUAUCUGGCCCCUGGGGGGCUUUCAGAUUCCCAACUUCUUCAGGAGCCUGGGGAUCAGUCACACUGGUGCGUGGUAGCAUAUUGGGAGGAGAAAACAAGAGUGGGUCGGCUCUACUCUGUCCAAGAGCCCUCCCUGGAUAUCUUCUAUGAUCUACCUCAGGGGAAUGGCUUUUGCCUCGGACAGCUCAAUUCGGACAACAAGAGUCAGCUGGUACAAAAAGUCCGUAGCAAAAUUGGCUGCGGCAUCCAGUUGACUAGAGAAGUAGACGGCGUGUGGGUGUAUAACCGUAGUAGUUACCCGAUCUUUAUCAAGUCGGCCACACUGGAUAACCCCGACUCCAGGACGUUGUUGGUGCACAAGGUGUUCCCGGGUUUUUCCAUCAAGGCUUUUGACUAUGAGAAAGCAUACAGUUUGCAGCGGCCCAACGACCAUGAGUUCAUGCAACAACCAUGGACAGGCUUCACCGUGCAGAUCAGCUUCGUGAAGGGCUGGGGCCAGUGUUACACAAGGCAGUUCAUCAGCAGCUGCCCUUGCUGGUUGGAGGUCAUAUUCAACAACCGAUAACGCAACAGGAACCGGAGGGGACUAGAUGACGUUUAAAACUACUUUGCUGCUAAUAUUUUCCUUCUGAGUGCUUGCUUUUCAUGUAAACUCUUUGGUUGUUUUAUUUUUUUAAUUGUUGUUUAUGGUUUUCUGUUUGUUUUGUUCUCGAGAAAUAGCUUAUGGAAAGAAUUUGGUUUGGGUGGUGGGGGUGGAGCUACCUGGCCAGUUGAGAAUUUAAAAGGGGAAUAAAAACCAACAACAUCAGACAAAAGGUAUAAAUGACCAAUGAGUCAGAAGAGAAAAGAGGGGAGUCACUUUCGCUCUCCCAAAUCACCAUUUCACACGUCCAAUCUGUAUGGGCCAGAGGGGGACAAUUCUGUAAGGGGAGAAGAACAUGGACACUUUGUGUUAUAGAGGGAGGGUAUUUCCCUCAAGAAAAAGCCUCAGUAAGAACCCAGAGCCAUAAUAUAUAUUGCUCUUUAGCUCUUUGGAAAUGCUCGAGGGGUUGGGAUGUUAGUGCCCUCUUGGGUUCUCUCUGUUGGUUAGGUGUUCCCAUAUAAUAAGGCCACCUCUGGGAUAGAGCUCCCUUGACCUGGCCCUUCCCCAGGUACUUCUCCCCCUUUAUUAAUUGGCUUGGAAUAGAAGGCCAAGGGCCCACGCACACACAGGUCUCUUGGAAACAAACAGCAAGAUUUUGAACCAGAACCAAUACUUUCACCCUCGGCAUCCUAACCUUUUGCCACCUUCACUGCUGCCGUAAUUGUUUUUUUUCCCCUUCUUUUCCCUCCUUUUUUUCCCCCCUGACAUCUUGGUUUUUCUUUGAGAUUGACUUCCCUGAAUAUUGCUUAUAAAGUGCCCACUUUCCCAGGCCCACAAUUCCUACCAUGUGAGAAAAUCCACUCCGUCUCUCUCUUCCCCAAAACCACACCACACUGUUUUAGACCAGUGAGUUGGGGAGGAGAGGGAAAGAGAAGAUCACUAAAUGGGAAGGAAUGGAAACUAGCCCCCUGCUACACCCACCCCCACCCCCCUUCCACUGUCCCUUCAAUGGUCCAUCUUAACCCAAAGCCGGUUAUCAAGGUACCACUCGUGUCCCAGAAUACUGUGUUUUCAUUUCUUCUACAACUCAUACACUUGUAUGAUACUUUUACACUGUUCUUAGCUCAAUGAGCAUGUUUAGACCUUAACAUAAGCUAUUUUUCUAACUACAAAGGUUUAAAUGAACAAGAGAAGCAUUCUCAUUGGAACUUUAGCAUUGUAGUGCUUGGUGAGAGAGAAAGGACUCCUGAAAAAAACUGAGAUUUAUUAAAAGAAAAAAUGUAUUUUAUGUUAUAUAUAAAUAUAUUAUUACUUGUAAAUACAAAGACGUUUUAUAAGCAUCAUUAUUUAUGUAUUGUGCAAUGUGUAUAAACAAGAAAAAUAAAGAAAGAUGCACUUUGCUUUAAUAUAAAUGCAAAUAACAAAUGCCAAAUUAAAAAAAAGAUAAACACAAGAUUGGUGUUUUUUCUAUGGGUGUUAUCACCUAGCUGAAUGUUUUUCUAAAGGAGUUUAUGUUCCAUUAAACAAUUUUUAAAAUGUA